GAAAACAUAGUCAGUUGAAGAAGAUAUUUUGAGCUGUGUAGUAUCUUUAAAAUGAUAAAAAUAGCUUUAUUGGCUGUAAUUGUCUGUUUUGUAGGUUGCGCAUAUGCACUUCCGAAUUAUGAUGCUGACGAUUUGGACGAUGAUGAAUUUGAUAGAUUAAUGGCUGAACUUGAGGAAAAUGGAUCGAAGGAGUUCGAAGAAAAGUACACAAUUCCUACUACAACCACUCAGAGAACUACGACAAACAUCAUAUUUAAUGAAAAACUUUAUUCAAGUAUUCGAGAAGCUAGAAGUUCUUUUAUUCGAGCUAGUAAUUAUUUUGAUGAUAUUGUUCUUAUGAAGAAAAAUCAAGUGAGGAAGUUCUUCGGCUAUUCAAGUGAUGAGAGUAUCUAAUUGUCAGAAUCGAUGCACAAAAGUGAAGUCUAGAAACCUCACUUAUCUUAACGGUUUUUUAAAAUUUAAAAAAUUUGCAUGAAUAGUUCAAUCAGAAAAUUUUCAAUUUAAAACUCACAAUAGAGCUCAAUAAAUGC